AUGGGGAUCACAGAUUUCUUCUCCGACCUGCUGACGUCGGUUUCCUUCGUGCAGGAGGUCCACGCUGAAGCUCCCGCCGAAGAGGAAGAAUCCAGCGAAGGCGGAGAGGACUCAAAGGAGGAAGAAGGCGGCGAGGAAGAGGAAGGUGGUGACGACGAGGAAGAGGAGGAGGAAGAGGAAGAAGAAGAGGAACCCGAGGACCCAAAGCCCAAGAUCGAGGAGGACUGCGCCCGCUCCGCUCAAUGCAUUGGUUACAAGCACCACUUUGACGAAUGCGUUGAGAGAGUCACCGCCGCUCAAGAAGACCCCGACCACAAAGGCCCCAAGGAGGACUGUGUCGAAGAAUUCUUCCACCUGCAACACUGCGCCACUCAAUGCGCUGCUCCUAAACUGUGGAAGCAGUUGAAAUAG